AGUUUCUUCUCUUUAUUACAUCGUUUAAAUGUAAAUUGUGCUUGUGUUUUAAUGUAUAUUAAAAGUGUAAAAGUGUAAAUCAUAUUUGAAAGGGAAUUACUAGUGCGAAUAUAUACCUUAUUAAUAGAUCCAUUUUAUCCUGUAAAUAAGGAGCGAACCGGCCGAUAAAAUGUGCGAGAACGAUAAGUCAGUCAAGUGCGAGAACGCAGAGGAAGAGGACGACGACAUGUUCGAACAAGAUUUGCUGGAGGAUGCCCAGUGGAAACGAACGCAGCAAAACACGUUUACGAGAUGGGCGAACGAGAAGCUGAAAACGGUGAACAGACAGAUCGAUGAUUUGGAGUGUGAUUUGUCCAACGGUCUUCUACUCAUCAGUUUGAUCGAGGUGCUCGCGCAGAAGAAGCUUCCGAAGCAUAGUCAGAAGCCCGUCUUUAGGUCACAGAAAUUGGAAAAUGUUUCGGUAGCGUUGAAGUUUUUGGACGACGAGGGAAUAAGAAUCGUUAAUAUCGAUUCAACGGACAUCGUCGAUUCUAAGCUCAAGUUAAUCCUGGGUUUAAUAUGGACCCUAAUUUUACACUAUUCGAUAUCGAUGCCUCUCUGGAAUGGAGAAGAGGGUUCUCAAACAGAGGGACCAAAACAAAGACUCAUCAGGUGGGUCAAGAACAAAAUACCAGAAUUGUCGAUCGGUAAUUUCACUACUGAUUGGAACGAUGGCCGUGCUAUCGGUGCUUUGGUAGAUGGAGUUGCGUCUGGUCUUUGCCCUGAUUGGCAAGAUUGGAAUAAAAAUGACGCAAUUCAAAAUGCAUCGGAAGCAAUGCAAUUAGCGGAUGAUUGGCUGAAUAUACCCCAGCUCAUCAAGCCAGAGGAAAUGGUUAGUCCAAAUAUAGACGAAAUGUCAAUGAUGACAUAUUUGAGUCAAUACCCUAACGCAAAGCUAAAACCAGGAGCACCUCUUCGACCACGUGUCAAUCGAAAUAGAGUACGUGCUUACGGUCCUGGUAUUGAGCCAAGUGGUUUAGUCAUCGGAGCACCAGCUAAUUUCACUGUAGAAACAUUUUCUGCCGGUAAAGGAGAUGUCGAAGUCAUUGUGGAAGAUUUUCAAGGAACUAGACUUCCGGUUGAUAUCAAGUUCAACAGAGACAAAAAUCUUACCUAUACCGUGUUAUAUACUCCGAAGACGCCAUCACCGCAUAAAGUAAAAAUACUGUACGCCGGAAGAGAAAUUCCAAAAAGUCCAUACGUGGUGAAUGUAGAAACACCAGCAGCUGAUCCUAGCAAAAUUAUAGCAAGUGGGCCAGGAUUACAGGCGGAUGGAGUCUUAGUCAACAAACCUACUUUCUUUGAUAUAUUCACGAAAACUGCUGGACGUGGCGCGCCAGUAGUUACAGUCUUGGACGAACAGGGAUCAAACGUACCUAUCAAAUUACGUCAAACGCUACCAGAAGUAUGGAGGUGCGAAUACACCCCUACCGAAAUUGGUUCGCACACGAUAAACAUGUCUUUUGCUGGCAAAUCGAUACUUGGCAGUCCUUGUAAUGUUAACGUAGGUUCGACGACAGAUGCUAAGAAAUGUAGAGCUUAUGGACGAGGAUUAUUACCGAAUGGAGUUCGUGUUCAAGACGAUGCGGAUUUCGUUAUCGUCACAAAGGAUGCAGGUGAUGAUGUGCCUGGAGUUAAAGUUAUUGGUCCCGGAGGAGUCAGUCAACCUAUUCAAAUGGUUAAAGUUGACCAAAAAACGUACAAGUGCAAUUACACACCGAUGAAAGAGGGACGAUACGUGGUAAUGAUAACAUACGGCGGGAAAGAAAUUUACAAGUCACCUUUCGAGGUGAACGUUGGUCCUUACAAGGAAUCAGCGAUCAGAGCUUAUGGGCCUGGCCUUCACGGUGGUAUAGUCGAUCAUACAGCCAAGUUCAUUAUAGACACACAGAGGGAAACCGCUGGUCUUGGAUUCGCGAUCGAAGGACCUUCGGAAGCGAAAAUCUUCUGUCACGAUAACGGCGAUGGAACAGGCGUUAUAUCCUACUUACCAACUGCACCGGGCCAAUACGCGGUUCAUAUUCGUUGCGAUAACGAGGAUAUUCCGAAAUCGCCCUACAUCGUGAAUAUUUUGCCGAAAGGGGACUUCGAUCCUGACAAGGUUGAAGUGUACGGUCCGGGAAUUCAAGCGGAGACUCUUCCUGUUGGGAAACCGACAAAUUUUACGGUGGAUGUAAAGAAAGCUGGACAAGCACCGUUGGAAGUCGUUAUUCAAGAUGUUCAAGGAAAGGAUGUACCCGUUCGAUUGGAGGAUAAUCACGAUGGCACAGUGCAAUGUCACUAUACUCCUACGUCUGCAUCAAAUCACGUUAUCAUGGUGAUUUACGGUGGCGUAGCUACGAAACACUCUCCUUAUCGAGUGAAGGUAGAAGGACCCUUAAAUAUGCUAUCAGCAUAUGGACCCGGACUUGAGAAAGGGGUCAAGUCGAACAUACCAACGCAUUUUAUCGUCGAUUGUCGCGAAGUUGGGCCAGGUGAACUUCGCGUGAGCAUAAAAGAUUCUGACAAUAAAGAUAUUCCAUUUUCACUUUCGGACAACAAGGAUGGCACGCAUACUGUCACUUACGUAGCACGAGAACCAGGAACUUGCUCCGUAAAUUUGAAUUAUGGAGGCUUGAACGCACCUCAGUGUCCGAUUAAAGUGAACGUUGAAUCGCAUAUCGAUAUCUCCGAGGUCAAAGUGGAAGGUCUUGCCCAAACGGCUCCAGUGAACAGCUUGCAGCAGUUCCUCGUGAUAACUCAGGACGCAGGCAAGCCAGCGGACUUUCAGGUGACGAUAACCGCACCUUCGGGCAACCGUAUCAAGGCACACGUGAUACCAAUUCGCGAAGGCUAUCUCGUGAAUUUUACGCCGACAGAACUAGGCGAAUAUCUGUUGGGAAUUAGCUUCGGCGGAGUGCCGAUAUCCAACCAGCCGUAUCGAUUGACCUGCGUGCAUGGCUCGGAUCCUGAAAAGGUCCGAGCUUCCGGGCCAGGUUUAACCCAUGGAAUAAUAAACAAACCGGCUGAGUUCGUGAUCGAUACUCGUGGAGCUGGUCAAGGCAAUCUCGGUGUGACGGUCGAAGGUCCCUGCGAAGCUGCCAUUAAUUGUAGAGAUAAUGGCGAUGGAACGUGUUCCGUUGCGUACUUACCUACGGAAGUUGGCGAUUAUGGUAUCAAUAUUACCUUCAACGAGAAGCAUAUUCCUGGCUCGCCCUUCCAGGCGAUCGUUGUAAAAGACGUCGAUGUGUCGAAGAUAAAAGUCACUGGGACCGGCAUUCAACCAAACGGUCCAUGCGUAAAUCGUGCAACGGAUUUCUCAGUGGAUGCUCGAGCGCUUCCAAAGGCGAAGAACGAUCAUGACAAACUUUCCUGCAUAAUUAGCAAUCCCAGUGGCAAUACGACUGAGAAAGUGAUUGCUUUACAAAGGGACGGAACUUAUUGCGUCAGUUACAAGCCAUUUGAAGAAGGACCUCAUACUAUAGACAUACGUUAUGACAACAUUCCAGUUCCUGGUUCACCCUUCACAGUUAACGUUAAAUACUAUAGCGAUCCUAGCAAAUGUAAAGCGUACGGACCAGGUUUGAAGAAAGGAUUCGUGAAUAAGUACAACACGUUCGUCGUAGAAACGAAAGAUGCUGGAAAUGGCGGAUUAUCUCUAUUAAUGGAAGGGAACGACUACGCGAAGGUGACUUGCAAAGGAAACGACGAUGGCUAUUGCACAGUGGAGUAUUUUCCACCGUCGCCGGGUGACUACGAGAUAUCCAUCAAAUUUGCCGACGAACACAUUCCUGGAUCUCCUUUCCAAGUCCAAGUCGUGGAUGACACGCAAGCGAACAACGUGACUGCCUACGGCGAAGGCUUGGAAGUAGUAAGAGAAAAUAUAUCGACCAAGUUCAUGGUGAAUACCUCCAAGUGUAAUCCAGCGCAACUGAAUGUCACGCUGAAGACCAACAAAGGACGAGUUCAGAAACCAAUAAUCAAAAACUGUGGAAAUGGUUUAUUCGAAGUUACAUAUCAACCACCACCUCCUGACAGUGAUCUGCAAGUUGGAGUUAUUUUCGAUGGAGAAGAUAUUCCAGGAAGUCCUUUCAAACCGAAUGUUCUGCCCACUGUAGAGCCAAAUAAGGUUGUUGUCACGGGACUUGGUGUGGCACCUGUUUGUACCGCAUCUUUUCCCGUUGAUUUCGUAGUAGACACCUCCGAAGCUGGUUACGGUGAUCUGGAGGUUCAAGUAUUGGGACCAGAUCAGGUGCCUCGUAAGGUCGAAAUUCAGGAUCUUGGAGACGGGAAAUAUAAGGCGACCUAUUUGCCCGAUGAUUGCGGCCGUUACAAGGUCAACGUUAAAUACGGCGACAAAGAAGUACCAGGAUGUCCAAUAAACGUUCAGAGCGUGUCCACCGGCAAAGCUGAGAAAUGUAAAAUCAAAGAGGGUAUUCAACGUACUUUGGCUCAGGGUGAAGAGUACUGUAUCACCGUGGAUACCGAAAAUGCAGGACGUGGUGCAGUGACCUGUCGCAUACGAUCUACUUCUGGAAGUGAGGUGGUGGACAUUGAUAUCGAAGAUAAUGGCGAUGGCACGGUGAACAUUUAUUAUACUGUGGCAGAUGCUGGCGAUUACACCCUCAGCAUUAAGUUUGGUGGUCAACCGAUACCUGAAGGAUUUUACACGUUCACAGCCUCAGAGGAAUAUCGAGAACAUAGUACGCACAAGACUCACAGAGCCAAGAGGACUAGACAGAAGCAGGAGCAACACGUUGUAACACAGCAUAGUUCUACCGUCGAAGAAAGCUCCAGUGUUUCUACGAAGAAUUUCAACGAGGUCCGAUUGAACAACAUCCUCUUACCGCUGUUAGACGGCACCGUAACAUCGGAAGUAAAGAUGCCGAGCGGGAACAUGGACAAACCGAUAAUCACAGAUAACCGGGAUGGUACUGUUUCCAUCAAAUACGAUCCCAAAGAAGAGGGACAGCACGAACUUGCAGUGAAAUUUAACGGGGAACACGUUCAAGGUUCACCAUUCAGAUUCCACGUGGAUUCCUUAGCAAAUGGCUAUGUGACAGCGUACGGACCAGGCUUGAUAUACGGAGUUUGCGGUGAACCAGGAAACUUCAUCAUUUCCACAAAAGACGUCGGACCUGGCGGUCUUUCGCUAUCCAUUGAAGGACCUGGCAAAGCUACGAUCUCCUGCCACGACAAUAAAGACGGCACAAUUUCAGUUUCGUAUUUGCCAACCGAUCCAGGAGAAUACAAAAUCGGCGUGAAAUUUGGCGGCAAACACAUCCGAGGCAGUCCGUUUUCCGCUAAAAUCACAGGUGAAGGUCGGAAGAGGAACCAAAUCUCGGUGGGUUCGUCGAGCGAAGUGCAAUUGCCCGGCAAGAUAACAGACUCGGAUGUGAAGUCCCUGAAUGCUUCCAUCACGGCACCGAGCGGUCUCGAGGAGCCAUGUUUCCUAAAAAUGUUGCCAAACGGUAACAUGUGUGUCUCCUUCACUCCUCGAGAAGCCGGCCCACAUACGGUGGCAGUGAAAAAGAUGGGCAAGCACGUGCAGAACUCACCCUUCAAGAUCGACGUGAAGGAUCGUGAAGUGGGCGACGCGAAAAAGGUAAAGGUAUCCGGACCAGGUUUGGUAGAAGGUAAAACUCACGUGGAGAACAAUUUCUCCAUCGACACGAGAAACGCUGGUUUCGGAGGCCUCUCGCUCUCGGUGGAAGGGCCAAGCAAAGCAGAGAUUCAAUGCAAAGACAACGAAGACGGAACUCUGAACAUCUCGUACAAGCCAACAGAACCUGGCUAUUACAUAAUAAACUUGAAAUUCGCCGAUCAUCACGUGGAAGGCUCGCCGUUUACGAUAAAAGUCACUGGAGAAGGUAGCAAUCGUCAAAGGGAGAAGAUCCAAAGACAAAGAGAAGCCGUGCCUAUUACGGAAGUCGGCAGCCAGUGCAAGAUUACCUUCAAGAUACCUGGCAUCACGUCGUUUGAUCUAACAGCAACGGUCACCUCUCCAGGAGGCGUAACCGAGGAUGCCGAGAUCAAAGAAGUCGAGGAUGGCCUUUAUGCAGUCGCAUUCGUACCGAAAGAGCUCGGAGUACACACGGUUUCAGUUCGCUACAAGGACAUCCACAUCCCUGGAUCACCGUUCCAAUUUACUGUCGGUCCGUUCAGAGAUAGCGGAGCACACAGGGUGCAUGCUGGCGGUCCUGGUUUGGAAAGAGGAGAACAGGGUGAACCAUGCGAAUUUAAUAUUUGGACCAGGGAGGCUGGAGCUGGUACUCUGGCCGUGUCCGUGGAAGGACCUAGCAAGGCUCAAAUUGAUUUCAAGGAUCGAAAGGACGGCAGCUGUUACGUCAGCUACGUCGUCUCCGAACCUGGUGAAUACAGGGUAGGAAUAAAGUUCAACGAUCAGCAUAUCCCCGAUUCCCCGCACAAACUUUACAUAUCACCGGCGAUGGGCGAUGCUCAUAAGCUGGAAGUGGCGCAAUUUCCGGAAUCCGGCGUACAACCGGACAAGCCAGCAAUCUUCCUCGUUCGCAAAAAUGGUGCCAAGGGUGAACUCGAUGCGAAGAUCGUGUCUCCCAGUGGUAUCGAGGACGAUUGCUUCAUUCAAGGCAUCGACGCUGACACUUACUCGGUGCGGUUUAUGCCUCGGGAAAAUGGUAUCCAUAAUAUCCACGUGAAGUUCAAUGGGGUGCACAUACAGGGUAGCCCGUACCGCAUCAAAGUCGGCAAAGUGGAUGCCGAUCCAGCCGCGUUACAUGCCUAUGGAAAUGGCAUAACGGAAAUUAAAACCGGCCAGAAAACAGACUUUAUCAUUGAUACGUGCAACGCGGGAAGCGGUGUGCUGUGCAUAACGGUAGAUGGCCCUAGCAAAGUGGCCAUGGACUGUACAGAAGUGGAAGAGGGUUACAAAGUUAGAUACACACCUUUGGUACCUGGCGAUUACUACAUUAGCAUCAAGUACGAUGGAUAUCACAUCGUUGGCUCGCCAUUUAAGGUUCCCUGUACCGGUGCGGAUCUGGCAGAAAGAGGCGCGCAAGAAACCAGUUCGAUCGUGGUGGAAACUGUUCAAAAAAUUUCCAAAUCAAAGCACACCGGACCAGUUUUACCUCUGUUCAAGUCAGAUGCUAGUAAGGUGACGAGCAAAGGAAUGGGUCUAAAGAAAGCAUAUCUUGGCAAACAGAACGUGUUUACUGUAAACGCUGGCGACGCCGGUAACAAUAUCUUGUACAUUGGUGUGUACGGACCCAAAGGUCCAUGCGACGAAGUAUCCAUGAAGCACAUAGGCCGCAACAAUUACAACGUGAACUACUUGGUCCGCGAAAGAGGAGAAUACAUCGUCAUUGUAAAAUGGGGAGACGAUCAUAUCCCUGGAUCGCCAUAUAAAGUCGAAGUAUAAGUAAACGCAUGUGGAACUAAACAGAAAAAAGAAAUAAGAAAGGAAAGAAGAAAGCGAAAGUAAGAUUCCAAUAACGCGGUGCGAUAAUUUUGCUUUGUACUGGCCAGACUCUGUUACAUUGAUUGUUCCAUUUGAUGAAUUUCGUUAAUUAUCGAUUAAAUCCUUAUCUACUUAAACGAAUAGAGUAAUAAAGCGUAUCGUAGACGUAGUGAAACCCGCGACGUGAAAAUCUUGAAACGAAUAGCGUAAUUUACGAUUAAACAUAAAAACACGUCUUCCCUGGCUGAAAGUAUUUUCACAGAGUUCAGCCAGAAGUUAAUAUAUAGAACGUUGUUUGAAUGUAAACCCCUUACGCGCUUCCAUCUUCAUUCUAAAUAACUUUGGUUAUAGCUAUCUGUUAUUUUGAAAAAGAAAUUUCAUUGAAAACGUGCGAAAUACCGUGGCAACGAAACUUCUUCUAUUCGCCAUCGUACGAAUCUUUUGCCAUAUGAAUAUUAAAGUGAUUAUUUAUGGUAUUCGUUUAAUUAUUUUCUACCACGUGUAAAAAGAUCGAAACGUACAACGUGUUGGUCGAGAUACAAAUAAAAUUUAUUGAUAGAAUAGAAUACAAACGCAAGUUCUCAUAUCGAUCAAGCAACGUAAAAUAAAUCAGGUUUCGUCGAUUAUUUUUGUAAAUUUCGCGACUUGCAACGAAGAACCAAAUAAUUGUAAGGAAAGGUUGUCUUCAUCUUUUACUCGCAAACGAUUUCUAAACUAGUUCAAUUAAAGGAAAAUAGGGAAAAAUUGUUUCUAAUCGUCUAAACAAUUUCUUUGUCAGAUGGGGGUUGGUACAAUGUAGCGUGUAUUUAUUAUAUACAGCCUUGUUUCGUCUUUGAAUAAUAUACGAUAGAUAUUAUUCAUUCGACAAAAAAAAAAGAAAAAAAAAAGAAAAAGAAAAAUGAUACGGACGUGUUAAACUACGGCGAUGAAAUAAGUCAAUUAUUUUUAUUCGAGAAUAAUAAGAUACAACAAUUGUGCCUUAUAUAUGUUAGAUUCAGAUAUUUGUUCUAUGAAAAUGCGUUCUAUAGAUGCAUCCUUCUCCACUGCGUAACGUUACAUCGGUAUGAUUGGAUUAAAAAUGCAAAUUAAAAGUAUCGAUGAUUAUAUAUUAUAUAAAAAUUAAAUAAAUAAUAUGUUUAUUAAAAAUCA